CUGUCAUCUUCGGGUCUAUUCGUGUUUUGUUCCUUUCAUUCAUUUCGGUACAAAAUCAACAAAAUAUUUUGUAAAUAGAAAAGUUUGAUUAUACUAAAGUUUGCGUAGUAAAACAUGGAACAUGGCAUGAACACGUGAAUUAUAUGCUGGUUUGAAUAUGUCGGAUAGAGAUAGGCAAUCUCUUCUCGUCGGUUUUGGCUUUCCGACUGCCGUUGUGUCAGUGGAAAUGAAUACAUUAUGUCGGCUUGUUACGCAUAUGCUAUUUCCUGCUAAUAUCUCAAAUUAACAAACAUAUCUCAAAUUAAAACAUGGUAUAACUGACAUUAACUAUUUCCAAUGUGAAACAAGAUCCUAUCAACAGAAAUAGCGAAACAGCUAGCUAACGACUCUCCGCAUCCCGAUUAUUGAUAUUGAUUCUGCAUGUGAUAGCCAUUGGAUACAACAAAACCGCGAAAUAUGGAAAAACGCGUGGUUCUAUCCAAAAAAUAAAUGAAGAAUGGUAAUUAACGAACCGUAUCAUAUCACUGCACACAGCUACAAUUCCCUUUAAUGAUGCUGAUGAUGGUGAUGAUGUCGGAUAAAGCCAAACAAAGCAGAACAAAAAAGCGACAACCGAUUUUUGAUGAGUGAGAUUGUAUGAAAAAACAUAACAAAAAACAACUCAUCACCCGCUGCAUGCUGUACGCUAAUUCAUUUCCGGAAAACAGAGGCUUCUAAUGGGAAAUAGUUCAUGUGGCGAAGCCCAGAUUAAAUGUAGAACAAAAUAGUAGUUAUUCAGUGUUUGCAGAAUUAGCUUGCGGAGUUGAGUGAAACACAGCAUCUGGAAGAGUUUUCAGAUGCUUUAUUAGACAUGCUGACAUGAAAAGUGAUUAGUAAUUUACAUAAAAACAAAAAUCAGUGAAAGUUGAAACAUACGAGAUUAUUUGGAACAAAUGAGACUCAAAGUGAAGUUGUGCAAUACAUUAGCAAUUCUAUUCAUCGACACUAUUCGUUGAAUUAAAGCGAUUGAAAGCAGUUUUAGUCAUGAAAAUAACGGAAAUAGGAUCUCGCAGCCAUGGGCAGCCGCGAACGCUUGUGACGCUCAUCUUCGGCACGGUGUUGGGUUUUAUGUUUGCCACCUUCAUAAGUUCCAGCACGAGUCGAUCGCCCUGGCUUCCGGAGUAUUACCACUCUCGGGAGCCACCGGCGAUUGCCAGUGAUCCUCAUACGGGCCACGAGUUGAAGGAUGCAGCAGGGCCUGAGCAGGAUGUAGGAUUUCACGGCGAACACGAAGAGGCUCAUGCUCUCGAAAACUCCUCACUGGCAGACCAGUUGCAUCGCGAGGUACGUGUACUUUGCUGGAUCAUGACAAACCCGGCUAACCAUAAGAAGAAAGCACUUCACGUUAAACGCACUUGGGGAUCGAGAUGUAAUAAGUUGCUGUUCAUGAGUUCGAAAGCGGAUCCCGUACUGGAUUCGAUAGCAUUGCCAGUAAAAGAAGGUCGCAAUAAUUUGUGGGCCAAAACGAAAGAAGCAUUUAAAUACAUUUACCAGCAUCAUCUGGACGAUGCUGACUGGUUCAUCAAGGCUGAUGACGACACAUAUGUCGUAGUUGAAAAUCUUAGAUUAAUGCUGUACCCGUACUCGCCUAGUUUUCCUAUUUAUUUUGGAUGCAAGUUUAAGCCAUUCGUCAAACAAGGAUACAUGUCCGGAGGGGCUGGAUAUGUGCUCAGUAAGACAGCAGUCAAACGUUUUGUCGAAGAGGCGAUUCCUAAUAAAAACUGUCGACAAGAUAAUGAUGGUGCCGAAGAUGUAGAGAUGGGAAAAUGUAUGGAAUUGGUCAAAGUUCUAGCGGGCGACUCAAGAGACUCUCUAGAACGUGGAAGAUUUUUCCCUUUUGUUCCUGAACAUCAUUUGAUCCCGAAUCAUGUGGAUAGAGAUUUCUGGUACUGGAAGUAUAUAUAUUACAAGACGGAUGAGGGUCUCGAUUGCUGCUCAGAUAACGCAAUCUCGUUUCACUAUGUCUCACCCAACCAAAUGUAUGUGCUGGACUAUCUGAUAUAUCAUUUGCGACCCUAUGGUAUCGUAGCCCAUUCGCAACCUCUACCAAAGAAGCUCUCUUUAACGGACGUGGUCCAUUCGGAUGAUCUAAGUAAAACUACUGAAAGACCCAACAAUGAGCAAACGAAGGAUAUUGAAGAGCUCGACGAGCAGCAGAACCGACUGCUGAAUAUCCUAAAUAGAGAACAAGCCAACAGUUUACUGUUGGAGUAGCAGUGAUAAAAGGUAGUCACUAGUAUGUAUAGCUAAAACAGAAUAGCUGUUUACAGUGUGCAUGUGUGCAUUUUUGAAUGCGUAUGUUUGUAUGAUUUUCGAGAUUGAAACGUUUCAUAGGACGUGUUUGAAGGCAUUAAACAAAUAAAAUUCAUGCGCCAUAUUAACUAAAUGCUGUAGAGCAGAGAUAUACCAAAGUUUUUUUUUAUAUAAGGUCCAGUAGGAGUAACUCAUUCCUGAUAUUGCUGUAUCCAAUGAAUUUUGAAAUAAUUAUUUCAAUAAAAACCAUAACACAAAA